GGACGGGACGGGACGGGACGGGACGGGACGGGACAGGGCCGGCAGCCCGCCAACAUGGCGGACAGGGAGCCCAUCGCCUGCCCAUCUGAUGGAGUCCUGAGGAUGAGUCCGUAACGUCCCGUUCACUUCGGCGGCAACACACUGCAAUGUCCCAAACACAGGAUUACGAUUGCAGGAGUCAUAAUGCUGAGGGGCAGGACCCGAGGAGUUCCGCGUCGAGCACCAGGCUGGAAUGGGUCGAAAUCAUCGAGCCCCGGACGAGGGAACGCAUGUACGCCAACCUGAUUACCGGGGAGUGCGUCUGGGACCCGCCGGCCGGGGUGCGGAUCAAGCGCACCAGUGAGAACCAGUGGUGGGAACUCUUCGACCCCAACACGUCCCGUUUCUACUAUUACAAUGCCACCACCCAGAGGACCGUGUGGCACCGGCCGCAGAACUGCGACAUCAUCCCGCUGGCCAAGCUGCAGACCCUGAAGCAGAACACGGAAUCCCCCAGGGCCUCCACGGAGAACAGCCCCGGGCGCAGCAGCAACGUCAGCCGGGAAGGGAGCACCAGUUCCUCCCUGGAUCAGGAGUUGGAGGGCGGCGAAAAGGCCCAGGAGCAGCAGGCCAGAGGCAACCGCCAGUCCGUUCAGUUCGGGCCCAUGAAAGAAGAGGCGGAAAGUUCUUCACCACCAGGAGUAUUUAUUGAGAAAGACUAUGAGAUUUAUCGGGAUUACAAUGCGGAAGGCCAGCUUCUUCAUUACAGGACCUCGUCGCUGCGGUGGAACACGGGGACCAAGGAGCGAAUGCUGAUCAAGGUGACCGACCGGGAGCCGAGCUUCCUCCUGCACCAGGGGAACGGCUACCCGGCCGACGGCCAGCCGGGCCCCCGGUCGCGGAGGCCCUCGGGCGGCCAGCAGUCCCCCAGCCUGCAGACCUUCGCCUCCGAGCCGGACAACGGCUCCGUCUUCUUUCCCGAGAGGAAACCGUCGCCCUUCUUGAAGCGGGCGGAGCCCGCGGGCAGCUGCUCCCCGCUGCUGGGCCGCGGGGACGCCUUCUGCUCCCCGCUGCAGGCCCAGCCCCGGAAAGCGUCGAGCGAGUCCCAGCCCUCGUCGCCCCGCUACGCCUACGAGCCGCCCCUCUACGAGGAGCCCCCCGUGGAGUACCAGGCCCCCAUCUACGACGAGCCGCCCGUGGACAUGCAGUUCGAGGGCGGUGGGAACUUCCCGGCCGGCUCCCCGCAGAAGUCGCCCCUCCGCAAGCCCCACCCGUUCCUGCAGUCCCCCAAGCAGGCCUCCAACUCCCCUUACCAGCAGCUGGUGCUCACCAAACAGAAAUGCCCCGACCGGUUCAUGAGCCUGGAGUACAGCCCGGCGGGGAAGGAGUACGUCAGGCAGCUGGUCUACGUGGAGCAGUCCGGCUCCAGUCCCAAGCUCAGAACGGGCCUGCGGCACAGGUACUCCCCGAAUCCCGUCGGGGGCUCCUACUCCAUGCAGCACAGCCCCUGCCUCGUCCGGGACCAGCGCCUGGAGAUCAAGUCGGGCGACUACAGCAGCAUGGAGGGCCCGGAUUUCCGGCCCGCUCCGCCCGGCGGCCCGCUCUCGCACGCGGACGACUCCAUGUCCUGGGCCAGCCAGCAGGACAGCGGGUCUUCGACGGGCUACUCCCCCGGCACCAGGAAAAGGAAAAGCAGGAAGCCCUCCCUGUCCCAGGACCCCAACGCCUCGUCCACCGACGGCUCGGGGGAGCGAGACCUGCUCGGCGAGCAGCUCGGGGCCGACGAGCGGCCCCCGGCCGGCCCGAGCCGGCCCCCGAUGAGCCGCACGGAGAGCCGGGCCAUUGAGGCGGAGAUGGUCCGCGGCUUCCCCGAGCCCUUCCUGGCCCAGGCCCGGCUGGCCUGGGAGGCCCAGCAGGCCCACUACCACAUGAAGCAGCGGAGCAGCUGGGAUUCCCAGAAGGACGGCUCGGGCUACGAAAGCGACGGCGCCCUGCCCCUGCCGAUGCCCGGCCCCGUGGUCCGGGCCUUCAGCGAAGACGAGGCCUUGGCCCAGCAGGAGAGCAAGCACUGGAAGAGGAAUACCUUCGAGAAGCUGGGAUUCCCGCAGAUCCUGCUGGAGAAGAGCGUCUCCGUCCAGACCAACCUGGCGUCUCCGGAGCCCUACCUGCAUCCGUCUCAGUCAGAGGACCUCGGUGCCUGUGCCCAGUUUGAGAGCAGCAGACAGAACCGGAACAUGAUGCCCAGCGCCAGCUGUGUCUUCCCAACUUUCACCCUGCGCAAGCCGUCCUCGGAGACCGACAUCGAGAACUGGGCCUCCAAGCAUUUUAACAAACACACCCAAGGGCUGUUCCGGAGGAAAGUGUCCAUCGCCAACAUGCUGGCCUGGAGCAGCGACUCCAUCAAGAAACCGAUGAUCAUGACGAGCGACCGCAACGUGAAGAAGGAGGCCUGCGAGAUCUUCAAACUGAUCCAGAUGUACAUGGGGGACCGCCGGGCCAAGGCCGACCAGCUCAACGUGGCCCUGGAGAUUGCCACCAAAGGCUGGAGCAUGCAGGGCCUGAGAGACGAGCUGUACAUCCAGCUCUGCCGCCAGACGACGGAGAACUUUCGCUACGAGAGCCUGGCUCGGGGCUGGGAGCUCAUGGCCAUCUGCCUGGCUUUCUUCCCGCCGACCCCAAAGUUCCACUCCUACCUGGAAGGGUACAUCUACCGCCACAUGGAUCCGGUCAAUGACACCAAAGUGACUCAGCACAUAAAAGAGCUCCUGGAAAGGAACAAUAAGAAGAAAUCCAAAUUGAGAAAGAAACCAAAGCCCUAUAUUGAAGAGCGUGAUGGGGUAGCAAUAAGCACAUAUGCCAAGUAUUGUUACAACAAACUCCAGAAGGCAGCCCUGACGGGAGCAAAGAAGGGCCUGAAGAAGCCAAAUAUCGAGGAGAUCCGGCAUGCGAAGAACGCCGUGUUCAGCCCGUCCAUGUUUGGCAGCUCCCUGCAGGAGAUCAUGAACAUGCAGAAGGAGCGUUACCCCGACCGGCAGCUUCCUUGGGUGCAGACCAGGCUCUCGGAGGAGGUACUGGCUCUCAACGGUGACCAGACGGAGGGCAUCUUCAGGGUCCCCGGGGACAUCGAUGAGGUCAACGCCCUGAAACUACAGGUAGAUCAGUGGAAGAUCCCCACCGGCCUGGAAGACCCCCAUGUCCCCGCCUCCCUGCUGAAGCUGUGGUAUCGGGAGCUGGAGGAGCCCCUGAUUCCCCAUGAGUUCUACGAACAGUGCAUCACCCACUACGAGAACCCGGAGGCCGCCAUCGCCGUCAUCCACUCUCUACCCCGGAUCAAUAAAAUGGUGCUCUGCUACCUCAUCCGCUUCCUCCAGGUCUUCGUUCAGCCCGCCAACGUGGCCAUCACCAAGAUGGAUGUCAACAACCUGGCCAUGGUGAUGGCCCCCAACUGCCUCCGCUGCCAGUCGGACGACCCGCGGAUCAUCUUCGAGAACACCAGGAAGGAGAUGUCCUUCAUCCGAGUCCUCAUCCAGCACCUGGACACCAGCUUCAUGGAAGGGGUGCUAUAGCGAAAGAGGGGGCAGGCCCACGCCCCGCCCGCACCUCCUCCCCAACCGGCCCCCGACACCGCACAGAGACGUGGCACGGAGGAAAGGGACCGCGCCGGCCGGCCCGUCACCCCCGGCCCCCCGUUCAGCUCCGCCCCAGGGACGUCUCGCCCUUCCGGAUGCCCGUCCCGACUCCGGCUCCUCUCCCCAGGGGGUCGAGGCUGGUUGCCUGGGAUGAGCGCCCUGAGCCGACGAUCUCCUUUCUUCGCGCAUCUUGCCUCGGAAGGUCUCAUGGAUGGCAGCGUCUGUGCCGCAGCCUCCCGGCGCCCCACCUGAUGGGAAGACUUUCAGCCCUGGCGGGAAAGAGCCCGGCUUACGGGUAGAGGUGGGGCUGGGUUGAGUUCCCGGGGGCGCGGAGACCCCCCGGACUGGAUCUGGCAGGGAAGGGCUCGGGCUGGGGCCCCUCUCCGGGGCCUGCCAGGUGGUUCGGCCGCUAACGCUCCCAGACGCCUUCCGGCUUUAGCGGAGAGAAGCCGGUGCUCUGGAGACGAUCUCUCGGGGGACACUGAGCCUGUGGAGGAAGGGGGUGGGACCCGGGACGGGUGACGGAUGGCCUUCCGGAGUCCGGCGAGGGGGACGUUCAGGCCAGGACGCCGGACGCCCCCCUCCCGGGUGGCCGACGCUUGCUGCCGCCCGGCCACCGUGCGGGGUCUGUCGACCCCCCCCGGUUCAUUCCCCUCCGGAAAGCGUCGUGGUGUGGAAAGGGAGCGGGUGAGGUCUCCAGGCCCAGCUCCGGGUUUGCAGCAAGGGAAGGUGGGAGGGAAGCGGGAAGGGGAGGGGGGAGGGGCUGAGGGAAUGUAUUGACCACUGAAAUAAGCAUGACAGGUUAUAAACUCACGAUACCCACACGGGACAGUCGCCCCCCCCCCCCCCAG